AUGAACGCCUCUAGCAAGCUGGCUGGUGCCGUUGCCCGCAUGGGUGCGAAGCCUGCGAUGGCCCAGACUUCUCGUCUCCCGAGCUCCAUCCUCCGCUCGACGUCCAUUGCCGGCCGUCACGGUCUCCUCCUCAGCCAGGGCCGUAAUGCCUUCGCCCCUGUCAUGAUGCGCUCUGCCACCCAGUCUCGCGGUGUUGUCGCCGAGACUGCCACGGCCGCCAUCCUCGCUGCUGGCAAGAUGCAAGGUGCCGGUCUCGCCACCAUUGGUUUGUCUGGUGCUGGUGUCGGCAUUGGCACAGUCUUUGCCGCCCUCAUCAACGGCACCGCCCGCAACCCGGCUCUCAGGUCCCAGCUCUUCUCGUACGCCAUUUUGGGUUUCGCCUUCGCCGAAGCCACUGGGCUCUUCGCCCUGAUGGUUGCCUUUUUGCUUCUCUUCGCCUACUAG